AUGUCUCGCCUCCUGGGUGUUCGUCCCGCUCGUCGCGCUCGGUUUUGUGUGUUCAAUUACGCUUUCAAGGGCAUUCUUAAUAUUUUGACCAAUGUUGGACACACGGUUUUUGAGGCAGUUGUGAAUGGGAGCUUUGUGAUGUCCACCCCUGUACUCUUUGUUGCGGGCAUUUGUUAUGCCUGGAACAUUCUGGGCUACACCGCAAUUAUUGGAAUCCUCAUCUACCUCAUCUGUAUUCCCAUUGAAUAUCUCAUGGCACAUCUCACAAAUGUAUUCAAGACAAAAGCAAUGGUAAUAAAAGACAAACGUGUUCAUACAAUGACUGAGAUUCGCAGCAUUAAGCUAAUCAAGAUGUACGCCUGGGAAGAUUCUUUUGAGAUGAAAAUUGCAGAGUUGAGGAAACUUGAAAAGAAACUAGUACAGAAGAUCCUUGAAAUCCAGACUAUUAAUGGCAGCUUGACCAUGGCCAUCAGCACCAUUGCCACUGUUUUCACCUUUCUCAUCCACACUUUGUUGGGGUUGCCACUGAAAACAUCUGAUGCUUUUACUGUUGUUGCCAUCUUUACCUCCAUGAGGUUCACCUUUGCUCUCAUGCCGAUUGCUGUGAAGGCCCUCACUGAUGCUUUUGUGUCACUAAAACGAUUUAGGAAAAUCUUACUCAUCCAGAAUCCUGAGCCUUACCUGACGCAGAUAGCAGGCAGUAAUUCUGCUGUAGUGAUGAGAAAUGCUACACUUUCAUGGACCAAACGCAGCCAGUCAGAGUCACCACCCAGAGCAGCUAAUGAGGUGACGGAACACAAUACGGACGUGACUUCUCCGAAUGAAAAUGUUGAGACCUUACCAACCCUCAGAAACAUCUCUUUUACACUACCCAAGGGAAAACUGCUUGGUGUUUGUGGGAAUGUGGGUAGCGGAAAGACGUCACUGAUUUGCAGCAUUUUGGAACAGAUGCACCUUCUUCAGGGCUCCAUCACAGCUGAUGGGACAUUUGCGUACGUUUGCCAGCAGGCCUGGAUUUUUCAUGGAACUGUUCGAGAAAAUAUUCUUAUGGGGGAACCUUUUGAUCAGGCCAGAUAUGACAGAGUUGUGGAUGUCUGUAGCCUCAGAGCAGACCUAAGCAUCCUGCAAUAUGGUGACCAAACUGAGAUUGGAGAGCGGGGUCUAAAUCUGUCAGGGGGACAGAAGCAGAGAAUCAGCCUGGCAAGAGCAGUGUAUUCCAACAGGGACAUUUUCCUCCUUGAUGACCCACUAUCUGCUGUUGAUGCUCAUGUGGGGAAACACAUUUUUGAAGAAUGUAUAAAGAAAGAGCUGAGAGGAAAAUCCAUCAUACUGGUUACACAUCAGCUCCAGUAUUUGGAGUUCUGUGAUGAGAUCCUGGUUCUGGACAAUGGAACGGUAUGGGAGUCUGGAAACCACAGGGAUCUGAUGAGAGCCAAUGGACGCUAUACUCAGCUCAUCAGUACCUACCAGAUGGAAGAGUCCAAAACCAAGAAAAAGGAAGAUGGGGACAUGGCACUAGCAUCAUUUAUUGAUGGCCAGUUGGAAGAGAUUGACCUCAGACAUUGUGCAAGCACUGGCACUGAGAAUCCUGCCGCUGUCCCAGCUGGUAACCAGCUAGUGAGUCAGGAGUCCUCUACAAAAGGUGCCAUCUCCUGGAGAACAUACCGCACAUACUCCCAGGCAGUUGGAGGCUACACAGUUUCCUUCAUUAUCCUCCUGAAUAUGUUCUUGUUGGCAGGAUCCACAGUCUUCAGCAACUGGUGGUUUAGCUUCUGGAUGGCAAGUGGUGAUGGGUCAUCCAGUAACACAACUGCAGUCCAGGGAGAAAUCUCUCAAAAUCCACACCUUCACUUCUACCAGGUUAUUUAUGCUGCAACAGUGGUUGUCAUUGUUGUACUUUCCAUUGUGAAAUCCAUAAUCUACACUUAUUUCACGUUGAAGGCCUCCUGCAAAUUCCAUGACAUGCUGUUCAAAAAGAUUAUUGAUAGUCCAAUGAGUUUCUUUGACACAACUCCAACGGGGCGACUUCUAAAUCGUUUCUCUAAAGAUCAAGACGAAGUGGAAGCUGUCCUUCCUCUUGUCAUGGACUCUUUCUUACCGUGUUCUCUACUCGUCGCAUCCACAAUUGCUGUCAUCUCAGUUAUUUUCCCCGCCAUGCUUGUAGUUGGAGUUAUUAUGGCAGCUUUUCUUGCCUUUACUGUCUUUAUAUUCCAGAGGAGUAUACGUCAUAUGAAGAAUCUAGAAAACAUCAGUCGCUCUCCAUGGUUCUCUCUAACCACCUCAACUUUGCAUGGCCUCAGCACCAUCCAUGCCUAUAAUAGAAGAGACAGCCUUAUAGAAGAGUUCAAUAUCUUGACUGAUAUCAACUCCAAAUACCUUUUCAUGUUUAAUGCUGGCACACGUGCAUUCGUCUUUUGCCUGGAAUUAAUGGCUGCUACUACAACGCUGUUUGUGGCUCUCUUUGUAGUGCUCAGCAGUAAUGACUUAAUCAGUCCAUCCUUGAAAGGCCUCGCAAUAUCCUAUUCCUUGCAGUUGACAGGCAUGCUUCAAUAUGUAGCCAGACUCUCGAUAGAAGUGGAAACAAAAUUCGACUCAGCGGAACGGCUCCAGGAAUAUGUCACGAAUUGUAAGUCUGAGGCUCCCAGGCAUGUUAAGGAGACUCAGAUCCCACAGGACUGGCCUAGCAGUGGGGGCAUCACCUUCGUAGACUACAAGAUGAGGUACAGAGAGAAUACACCAAUUGUCCUGAACGGCAUUGAUUUCCACAUUCAACCUGGAGAGAAGCUGGGGAUCGUGGGAAGGACUGGCUCUGGAAAAUCGUCUUUAGGAGUAGCUCUAUUUAGACUUGUGGAGCCUGCAGCAGGAACCAUACUGAUAGGUGGGGUGGACAUCAUGUCCAUUGGCCUGCAAGACCUGCGUAGCAAAUUGUCUGUGAUUCCUCAGGACCCUGUGCUAUUUGUUGGUACAGUCAGGUACAACUUGGACCCCUUUAAUAAAUACACUGAUGAGGAGAUCUGGGCAGCGCUCGAGAAGAGCUACAUGAAGGACUCGAUCUCAAAGCUGGAGGGGAAGCUUGAAGCACAUGUUAUGGAGAAUGGCGAAAACUUCUCUGUAGGCCAGAGACAGCUGAUCUGUAUGGCUAGAGCUUUACUCCGUAACUCCAAGAUCAUUCUUUUGGAUGAAGCCACUGCCUCCAUAGAUGCAGAGACAGAUGCUCUGAUCCAAAACACCAUCCAAGAAGCCUUCCGUAAUAGCACUAUGCUCACAAUAGCUCAUCGGAUCAGCACUGUGAUGCAAGCAGAUCGUAUUCUGGUCAUGGACAAUGGACAGCUAACAACUAGGGUGGCAGAGUUGGAUGAUCCAAAUACACUGAAGCAAAAGCCAUUCUCUCUGUUCUCAUUACUGCUGACUGCUUCAAACACUGUAAAUUUGUGA